GUGAGAGAUGUUUUUUUUGGUUUCAACAGAGUUCUCUCAGGCUUCUGUGGUUGGUUCGAUCAAGUAGAACCAGCAGGUUCAUCCAUCUUCGAUUUAGGGGCUUUGGUUGGUUAGAAAUGACAUGACGUUUGGAAACAAGCAGUGUGAUGUUUCAAUGACACGAUCGAUGUUUGAAAUGGUACAACGUUCGUGUAUCCAGCUACCCGAAUACAAGAGAGUGGUUCAUGUGCUAUUCGUGAGAUCAUAUAUAGGAGGUUCUUAACAGGUUAUGUUCUACUACCGGCCGGGGCAUUUGAGGAUACAACUUUUCUGGUUCAUUGAGUUGGUGAGCCGUCAGUUGAGGCCAGCUGUUGAUUCUCUCGCAAGUAGUGUUCUUGAUGGAGCGACGCGGAACGGCGGCGGUCGUGCUUCUUGCGGUGGCGGCCCUCGCCGCCGCCGAGGCGCAGCUCUCCCCCGCGUUCUACGACGCGAUCUGCCCGGCGCUGCAACCAACCGUGCGCCGCGGCAUGGCGCAGGCGGUGCAGAAGGAGCCUCGCAUGGGUGCCUCCAUCCUCCGCCUCUUCUUCCACGACUGCUUCGCAAACAGCUCCGACGGUUCGAUACUGCUCGACGACACGCCCAGCUUCACCGGAGAGAAGAGCGCGGGGCCGAACGCGAACUCGGUGCGCGGCUACGAGAUUAUCGACGGCAUCAAGGCUCAGGUCGACGCCUCCUGCAACGCCACCGUCUCCUGCGCCGACGUCCUUGCCCUCGCCGCCCGUGACUCUGUUUUUCUUGUAUACGGCUACGCCUGCUCUCGAGUUCGAGUUCGACUAACGCUGGGUGAUUGGGCUGAUGGCGUGCAGCUCGGGGGCCCGAACUGGACGGUGCAGCUGGGGCGGAGAGACGCCCUCACGGCCAGCCCGAACGUGAACCUUCCAAGCCCUCUGUCGUCGCUCCCCGCGCUCCUCUCGUCGUUCAGAGCCAAGGGCCUCGACGCCCGCGACCUCACAACGCUGUCCGGGGCGCACACGGUCGGCUUUGCCCGGUGCUCGAGCUUCCGCGCCCACGUCUACAACGACACGGCCGUAGACUCGACGUUCGCCGCGCAGCUCCGCGCCGGCGUCUGCCCUUGGACUGGCGGCGACGGCAAUCUUGCACCGCUGGAGCUGCAGGGGCCAAACAAGUUUGACAACAAGUUCUUCAGAGACCUGAUCGCCCGGCGCGUCCUUCUUCGUUCGGAUCAGGAGCUCUUCGGCGGCGGCGCCGCUAGCAGCAGCACCACGGACGGCAUCGUCCGGGCGUACGCCGCCAACGCAUCCCUCUUCGCGGACGACUUCGCCGCGGCCAUGGUCAAGCUGGGCAACUUGGCGUUGACCGGGAGCAACGGCGAGAUUCGGCUGAACUGCCGGCGGGCGAAUUGAAUGAAAGUUUAUCGAUGCAAUGUGUCCUGCGGUGCAGGCUAUUCUGGUUCUCGUCCAGUUCCCAUUGACGAGUUCAAAAUAUCAGACAGAAUAAAUGCCUGGACACUCUACAGGCAUGUUUCAGACCUGAUUGUAUGCUUUGCAUUGUCCAAAUUCAGGCGGCUUGGGGUGUCAUUGUUCGGCAGUUUUCGGGGCAGUUCAUAUGUCGUGCUAGGUAGGAUAACCGAUCCGAUGAGGUGAUAAUUGAUUCUGUAGUAGCGUAUUGAUGAGGGAGGCUUUGUGCUAGC